GUGAUCCCGGGGCGCACUCCGCUGGCCACCCUCGCCGCCCUGGCUGAGUGUCGCGCGGCCGGCGCCAUGUCCGUGAGUGAGAUCUUCGUGGAGCUGCAGGGCUUUUUGGCUGCCGAGCAGGACAUCCGAGAGGAAAUCCGAAAAGUUGUACAGAGUUUAGAACAAACAGCUCGAGAGAUUUUAACUCUACUGCAAGGGGUCCAUCAGGGUGCUGGAUUUCAGGACAUUCCAAAGAGGUGUUUGAAAGCUCGAGAACACUUCGGUACAGUAAAAACACACCUAACGUCUUUGAAGACCAAGUUCCCUGCUGAACAGUAUUACAGAUUCCACGAGCACUGGAGGUUUGUGCUGCAGCGCUUGGUCUUCUUGGCCGCGUUUGUCGUGUACUUGGAAUCGGAAACACUCGUGACUCGAGAAGCGGUUACAGAAAUUCUUGGCAUUGAGUCAGAUCGGGAGAAGGGAUUUCAUCUGGAUGUGGAAGAUUAUCUCUCAGGAGUUCUGAUACUUGCUAGUGAACUGGUAAGAAGCUCAGCGACUUGCCGUUUACUGUUUUGAUUUCCCCACUUCGUUGUCAGGUUUUU